GAUCAGCCACUUCACCACAGCAAAUGCAACACUGAGUAUCACAGUAUCGUCUGCAUGGCGCACCUGGGCGCGUCGCUGGCGUCGCUGGCGCACGUCGAGCAUGUGGUCGCGGAAACGUUCGGUCCACACGGCCUGGACCAGCUCCUCACGGACGAAGCCAACCAGGCCACCAUCACCAAUGACGGAGGCGUUAUCUUGUCGUCAGCGGCGCCGGAGGACCCGCUAGCGGCGCUGCUGCUCAAACUGGUAACGGACAGCUGCGCAGCCACCGGUGACGGCUGCAAGCGGCUGCUGACCAUGGUACUGGCAGGGCUGAGGCAGUUCCUGCGGAGUGGUCUGCACCCGCUCAUGUUCCAGGCGCCUCUGGCGGCACAGGUGCUGGAGUGUGUGGUGCCCGGCGCAGUGCUGCACGUGCCCCUGGCGCCGGGGUACGAGGCGGAGGCGGCGGAGGCGGUUGGGGCGCUGGUCGCCACCCACCUGGGCGGCAAGCUGGGCGGCGCGGCGGCGGCCGGCCACCUGUCCCAGUGCCUGCAGGAGCUGGUCCUGCUGCAGCUGGAGGCCGCGGCGCGUGCCGGCAUCUCCGCCGCACAGGCGCUGGCUGGCCUGAGUGCUGAUCCGCCGCUGGUGCGGCUGCCGGGUGCCGCCCCCGACCAGUCGCGGCUACUGCCUGGGCUGGUGUUGCGGGAGGGGCCCUUUGGCAGCGGAGCUGUGCCCGCCAUGGCGGCGCUGGCCAGGGGCCCUGUUCCCUUCCUAGCGCUGACCUGCCCCCUCGAGGGGGAGGCCAUCGGCAUUGCGGACACGUCAGCAGCACGGGCCACAGCAGGCAGGGCAGCAAUGGCAGCUGGCGAGGCUGUAGCAGCCGACGGGGACCAGCACCACCACCACCAGCAGCAGCAGCAGCAGCAGCAGCAACAACCGGCUGUAGCCGUGCUGGUGAGGACCGCCGCGGAGCGGCAGCAGGCGCAAUCGGAGCUGCUGUCCCAACUGCGGCGGCGGCUGGCAGCCGUGGCUUCACGCGGCGUCAAGCUGCUGCUGCUAUGCGGCAGGCCCCCGGACCAGGCGGCGCAGCUGUGUGCGGAGCAGGGGCUGGUGCUGGUGGCGGGUCUUGAGGAGGAGGAGGUGGCGCGGGCGUGUGCUGCUGGCGGCACUGUCCCCCUCACCCGUGCGGGGCCUUCGGAGCUGGCCGCAGCUCCCGUGGGCCGGGCGGCGGUGGCGCGAGUGAUAGGGCUGGGCGGGCGGCGGGCACUGCUGCUCGAGUUCGAUGAGGCGGCCUGCGCUUCCGGGCAGGUGGCGCGCUCGCUGCUGCUGUGCGGCCCCACGGAGGUGGCGGUGCGGCAGUCGGCUCGCGGCCUGACGCGGUGUCUGGUGUCGCUGUCGGCCGCCGUGGGCACCAUGGCGCGCCCCCACACCCCGCCUGCGGCGCACGCUGCAGAAGGCGGGGCGCCCCAGGGGCAUCAAGAGGGCAACGGGGAUGAGUGCGGCGGCGAGGAAACGGUGGAGUGUCUGGUGUUUGUAGCGGGCGGCGGCGGCUUUGAAGGACUGUUGGAGCUGCAGUUGCGGGAGCUCUUGGCAGUUGCUACUCGGGGACCGGAUGCAGCAGCGGCGGAGGAAGAGGAAGGGGAGGAGGAGGAGCAGGAGACAGAUGAGGUGUGUGCUGGGGACGGCAGGGAGGCCGCUGCAGCAGGGCACCGGAAGGCGGCAGUGCGGCUGUCGCCAGCGGAGGCCGCAGCGGUGGGCGAGGCGGCGGCUGAGGAGGCGGCGGCGCUCAGCCAGUUGGCUGGCUCGCUGCGUGUGCUACACGCCAUGGCGGCGGCAGUGCUGCUGUCACUGGCAGGCGGCGGCGGCGCGAGCUCAAGCGGGAGCGAGCGGACGGCAAUGGACAAGCGGCGUCAGCGGGAGGCGCUGCUGCAGGUGCAUGCGCUACGCCGGGCUCAGGCGGCAGCCCUAAAGAGUGGCCUCGUGUCCACGGCCGGACUGGUGGUGCCGGCCGCCGCCUUCUCCCACUGCGGCCGGGCACUGCACCGCACGCGCGCCGAGGCGGGGCACGCCUCUCCUGCCGACAGCCGUCCAGCUGGCGCCGCCGGCAGCCGUUCUGGGAAUGGACAGAUUGGUCGCAGCAGUGUACAAACAGGGACGACUGGGACAGGAGGAGUAGGGGGCGGGAAAGGCGUGGCUGGGGGAGUGCCGGCGCUAGCAGCGGCAUCGGCAGCACAAGCUGGGGCAGCGGCUGCGGAGCCAGGCGGCGGCAGGAGCGGCGCUGGAGGUGGUGAUGGUGCUGACGGCGGCGGCGUGCGGUGGCGGCCGCUGCUGGGCGGGUACGACUUCGUGGCGGCUGACGCGGUGUCGCAUGGCGUGCUGGAGCCGGCGGCGGUGGCAGCGGGGCUUUGGAGCGCGGCGGUGGAGGUGCUGGUGCAGGUGCUUCGUAUUGACGGCGGGGCGCUGUCGGCUCUGCGGUGCCCCAGCACCAGCAGCGGCGCCGCGCGGCUACAGGUGGCAGGCGCUGCGCCGGCGGCCAAACCGCGCGUGCGGCGAGGCGGCAGGUUCGGGCGCGCUGACGGCGGCGGCGGUGGCGGCCGCCGGGGCAGCAGCAGCAGCAGUGGCUACAGUAGCGACGGCGGGGGAAGUGAGCACUCAGACUGAUUGGCUGCCGACUGACCCGACAUCCCUCGAGCGGGCUGACCGGGACUGGGGGACACGUACGUGCUUGCAGCUGCGGGGUGACGCACCGUGUUUCAUGCUUGUGUCGUGAACCAAGUUGUGUGGGCCUAGGGUGUUUCUGUAGUAACAAUCGCAUGCAACCAUGUAGCUGGAGGCCGGGUGCUGUCGCAGUGGUGUACGUGUACUGUAUCGUUUGGCACAACGGUUUUGCAAUGGUUGCAAUGGCACAGACAUAUAGUGUGUACAGGCAGGUGCUCUUCAUGACUGGUGCUGAUUGGCGCACAGACUGGAUCGUGGACUGGAUGUCUGGGAAGGGACAGAGUGAUCACUGUUUAGGUUUUAUAAGUUUGGUAUGACGACAGGGACCCCGUCGUGUUCGUUUAACGUCCAACGCUC